AUGGUGGCCAUGGGAAUUGCCUUUGUUGUAUCUCCUUCCAUGAAUCUCUCCCAUGGAUCUACAACUCAGUACUUGGGCGUCUUCAGCAACCCAGUAAAUGGUACUUCUUCUUCUUCUUCUCAUCUGCUAGCUGUUGAACUCGAUACAGUUAGGACAAUAGAGUUUAAUGAGUUGGAAAAGCCUCACGUUGGGAUUGAUGUGAACAGCCCCAUAUCUGUUGAGUCUGCCUUCCCGUCUUACUUUUCCAACGCCUUAGGGACGAAUAUAAGCAUAAAUCUCCUGAGUGGGGAGCCUAUCCAGGUUUGGGUGGAUUACGAUGGAUCAUUGCUAAAUGUCUCACUGGCCCCAAUAGAAAUCCAGAAACCAAAUGUGCCUCUUAUAUCAAGAGCCAUCAAUCUGUCUGAAGUUUUUCAAGAUAAGAUGUAUUUUGGGUUCUCUGCAGCAACAGGAAAAUUGACCAGUAACCAGUAUAUACUCGGGUGGAGCUUUAGUAGAAGCAAAGAACGUUUACAGAGCCUGGACCUCUCUAAACUUCCUCAGGCUCCUCUUCCUAGAGAUGAAACGGAGAAGGCUCCUCUUCCUAAAGAUGAACCGGAGAAACUAUCUCCACUGCUUAUUGGUUUGGUUGUCUUAUUGGUGUUCCUUGUGCUGAUGGUUCUUGGAGGAGUUUAUUGGUACAGGAGAAACAAGUACGCAGAAGUAAGAGACUCGUGGGAAAAGGAAUAUGGCCCACACCGAUUCUCCUACAAGUCUCUGUACAAAGCAACAAGCGGGUUUAGCAAAGACUUUCGUGUUGGGAAAGGUGGGUUUGGUGAAGUCUACAAGGGAACUCUACCUUUAAGCAGACACAUAGCUGUGAAGAGACUGUCUCACGAUGCAGAGCAAGGAAUGAAACAGUUUGUGGCAGAAGUUGUGACUAUGGGAAAUCUACAGCAUCGGAACUUGGUUCCUCUUCUUGGAUAUUGCAGAAGAAAAGGUGAGUUACUUCUGGUGUCUGAGUACAUGCCCAACGGUAGUCUUGACCAGUACUUGUUUCAUAACCAAAACCCAUCUCCUUCAUGGUUGCAAAGGAUUUCUAUUCUUAAGGACAUUGCCUCUGCUCUCAGUUACCUGCAUACAGGAUCUAAACCAGCUGUUCUGCACCGAGAUAUAAAAUCUGCCAACGUCAUGUUAGAUUCUGAGUUCAAUGGAAGGUUAGGAGAUUUUGGUAUGGCUAAGUUUCAUGACAAUGGAGCUAACUUAUCUGCAACAGCCGCUGUGGGAACCAUCGGUUACAUGGCACCUGAGCUAAUAUCAAUGGGAACUUCUACGAAGACCGAUGUGUAUGCCUUUGGUGCUUUCCUUCUUGAAGUAACUUGUGGAAGACGACCCGUGGAACCUGAGUUGCCUGUGGGAAAGCAAUAUCUGGUCAAGUGGGUUUGUGAAUGCUGGAAAAGAGCUUCUUUACUCGAGACCAGAGAUCCAAGAUUGGGAGGAGACUUCGUGUCGGAGGAAGUAGAGAUGGUUCUGAAACUUGGGUUGCUCUGCACAAAUGCUAUGCCAGAAUCAAGGCCUACAAUGGGACAAGUUGUGCAAUAUUUAAACCUGGACCUAACCUUGCCGGAUAUCUCGCCGUAUACUCCAGGUAUUGGAGCUUUUAUGCCAGUUUCAAUGGAAGCAUCAUCAUCUGCCUCUGGUGUCCCCAAUUCAAGGACUUCGUCAAUAACUAUGUUUGUUACUCACACGAUCUUGGACGGACAAGGAAGGUGA